UGUUUAAUUUAAAACGGGUUUCAAACCUAUGUGUUCAAGAUAGGCCAACAAUUUGUUUCUAUUAGAAAAACUAUUUGCCAAUGGUAAAUGGUGGUUUUUCAUCAGCUGUGCAACUAGACUCGUGUAAGCUUACUACAGUCUUGUAAGAAAAAGGAAAUAAGAAAAAGAACACCACAAAACGUUAGAUCUAGAUUCUUAAUCUCGAUUGGCAGGUCUAGAUUCUCGACCUUAUUGUUUAAAAGCCCCUAGCGAUGUGCAGUAAGGAUAAUUGUAAUGCCGCGUCAACUCAGCCAUAUCUGAUUUGUUGAGUGUAAUUUCUACAACUAGAUUUUGGUAGUGUUUCGGUUUCAGUUGUCCUUCAUACAUCCCCAUACACAUCCACCUAAAUCUGUCAAAGUAGGGCUACAGACAAACCUUCAUAUAAUAUUCAUUUAAUAUUCAUAUAAAGGAGCUCAGAACAAAGGAAGACUUCUGGUGUAGUCUACGUGAUACGCAGGUAUACGCCGUAUACCCACUAGGAACGCACCAGGAUUUGCGUAUACCCACUUAAAAAUGUGCACGGAUACGUAUCAAUCGUCUUGUGACAGAUCUUUCACUUCUGUGUUUAUUUUUCGGAAAUAUCGGUUGGGUAUAACUGCAAUAAAAUACUUAAAGCAGGGGAAGUUAUCUCCUACAUUCACCAUUCAUAAAAUUCCCGCUGCGCGCUCGCGCUCUGCCCUACGAAGCGCGAAGCUGCCCCUGCAUCUCUGCACGUUAGUUGGCGGGCCAAGCCCCUCCUUCUCGCGUGUGUGUGUGCGUGUGUGUGCGUGCGUGGGCGUGCGUGUGUGUGCGUGUGUCCAGUCCUCCCGUAUUAAUGUGUAAACCACAUAAUAAGUAGUCAACAGAAGACAAUGUUUUAAUCCCACUUUAUAUCUCCUUGUUACUUUUAGAUGAGAACCCCUGGCCAGCCUUUCAGACUGGGUGUCAGGCUAGGGAAUUUAAAAACAGGCAUCCUUGGUUAGAGUGGAGGGAAAAAAAGUUAUAGGUAAAUGUCAGCCAACAUACAGUUGGUAUACACAAUUGAAAUUCAUAAUGUUAAUCACUAUGCAAAUGAGAGUAUAGCUAAUUCAUGGUCAUUUUUAAGGUGCAGUAAUUUCACACUUUUACACAAUUCAAUUACUGAAUGGUAUGUUAGAUAACAACAGUAGGAGCUCAAAUUAGAGCAAUUGAAAGAGUGAAACAUUAGUCUCCUGUCAUCUCCUUCUCAUGCACUGGUUAGCCAUGGAUGUAAACAGUUCAUUCAAUUAUUUUGAGUAGAUUUUGUCCUUGUUUAGCAUGUGCUAUUGCUACUAUAGAUAUACAAAGGACAACUUGUAAUUUUUGUGUUCUAUUUGUUCAUACUGUUAUUAAAACUGGUUCUUUCCAUGAUUGUUGAUAAUCGUUAUACUCUUAAAUCAGCGGGUUGUAGACCCCUGCGUUGGUGAGUGUGGUGCGACACCCCAUAAGCGCCACACACGUACACGUACCGGUCGGACGGGUUUGUACGAGGCUGGGAGGGAAUCAUCACAGUAUACCCACUACAAUAAAAUAGACUACACCACUGCAUGGCGGCUGGAUCCCUACUGCACAGAAAAGCAGUGUUAUCCUUCAUCAAGUCUCGAAACGGGUGAAAUAUAGUCCAUUUGUGUUUUCUUUUUUUCUUUGGGUGAGCUUCUGAAACUCCUGGAAUUACGUAGGCGCAAGCGGCCAUCCAGCCGCCUCUUCCCCUGGAAGAGGCAUAGAGCUUCAGGAUCACAACAUUGGCUGGGGAUUCUUCAGUUUCGUCGGGAAUAUCUGAUCUGAACCGAAGUUAAUAAACCUUAUAUGCACAACGAUGGUCCGGCGGGUGCUAGUUAUUGGAGCUGGCGCUUCGGGUCUGGUCUGUAUCAAGACCUGUCUCGACGAGGGUCUGGAGCCUGUGUGCUUUGAGAGCAGUGAUGACAUUGGCGGACUGUGGAGGUUUGAGGAAUCACAGAGUGAGUCAGAGCGCACUAGUAUCUAUCGCUCACUGGUAACCAACACCAGCAAGGAGAUGAUGUGUUUCAGUGACUUCCCCAUGCCUGCUGAUUACCCAAAUUAUCUGCACAAUGCCCAGCUUCUGCAAUACUAUCGGCUUUAUGCAGACCACUUCGGUCUGCGCAGACACAUUCGUUUUCAAAUCAAGGUGACACAUGCCAGGCCAAGGCCAGAUUUCUCCCAGUCUGGUCAGUGGGAUGUGAUCACAGUGGACCGGGAAGGGCUGGAGGAGAAACACAUCUUUGAUGGGGUUCUGGUGUGUUCUGGACAUUACACACAGCCAAUCUGUCCCCUAGGAGAAUUCCCAGGCCAUGAGCAGUUCACCGGCAGAUGCCUCCACAGCUGGGAGUAUAAAGACGCAGAUGAUUUCAGAGGGAAGAGAGUGGUGGUGGUGGGCAUCGGUAGCUCUGGAGGAGAUUUAGCUGCGGAGAUAAGCAGAUCUGCAGCCAAAACAUUCCUUAGCACACGGAAGGGGGCCUGGGUGGUGGGUAGGAUGUCCAGUGGGGGUCUUCCCCUGGACAUGAUAGCCAUCAGCAGGUUCACCAACACCCUAAAGAACCUUCUCCCCAAAAGGCUGAUAAACUGGGCGUCAGAGAGAGUCUUGAACCAGAAAUAUGAUCACAGACUUUACGGGCUGAUGCCCAGAAAAAGGUUCUUAGAUGGUGGGGUGUUGAUAAACGAUGACCUGCCUGGCCGGAUCCUACAAGGAGGGCUGGUGAUGAAGACCAACCUGUGUGGCUUCACAGCCUCCGGGCUUGUGUUUGAAGAUGGAACAGUGGAGGAAGACAUCGACGCUGUGGUCUUCUGCACAGGAUACCGGGCUGUUUUCCCAUUCCUGCCCGUGUCUCUUUCUGAUGGGCCAGGAGGCGAGUUGACCUUGUACAAAAGGGUGUUCCCUCCUUCUCUGGAGCCGCCCACACUGGCCAUCAUGGGUUUGUUUCGGACCAAAGGACCGAUCAUGCCCAUAGUGGAGAUGCAAGUCCGGUGGGCGUUAAAGGUUUUUACAAGUUCAUGCCAUCUUGCCACUAAAGAGAGAAUGCUGUGUGUCAUUGAUUCUGAGAGGAGGAUAUUCAUGGAGAGUAAUCCACAAGACGCCGCAUUGCAAGUGGAGUAUAUCCCAUACCUGGAUUCCAUGGCUCAAGAGAUCGGUGUUCGCCCAAACAUUCUGUGCCUAUUCCUGACAGACCCUAAGCUGGGGUUGAAGGUGUUCCUGGGGCCAUGCACACCUUACCAGUACCGCCUCACUGGGCCUGGGCGCUGGAACGGAGCCCGCCAGGCUGUCCUCACUCAAUGGGAUCGGGUGGAACAGCCAUUCAGGACCAGAGCAGUGCAGGAACCAGAGUCAAGUAACUGUGGUGCCCUUUCCCUUUGGCUGCUGUCUGGGGCAGCCAUGUUGAUAUGUGGUGUGUCGUGGUGGUCACUGGAAUAAACUUCCAGCACACCUUCCUUUGUCAGCCCAUGACAGAUCCCUGUGAUCCACAAAGCAGGAUAAUGUGCAGGGACAGGAUGAAGACCUUGGGUCCAGGAUGACCUUGGUAUACAGGAUCAAAAUAUAUAUAUUAUAAUAAUGUGAUUCAAAUAUUUAUUCUUCACAUCAGCAGAGAAGAGAUCCCAGCCUUCAUGAUUUAUUUCCCUAAUAUAUCACCUAAUUAUCUGUGAGCCUUCUUUACCCUAUACCCUUUCGACACUGUAGACCAUAUAAUACUUUUGGACAGGUUAGAAAACUGGGUGGGGCUUUCAGGCACAGUCUUAAAUUGGUUCAGGUCCUACCUACAAAAUAGGAACUACUUUGUUUCCAUUGGCGACUUUGUAUCAGAAUCAACCAACGUGACAUGUGGAGUCCCACAAGGUUCGAUCUUAGGACCCUCUUUAUUCAACAUCUACAUGCUCCCACUAGGGAAAAUCAUGCAAAAUAACAAUAUUGACCAUCAUUGCUGUGCUGAUGACACACAAAUCUAUGUAUUGCUAUCACCAAAUGACUAUCGGCCCAUAGAUCUGCUGUGCCAGUGCAUUGAGCAAGUAAAAGACUGGAUGUGCCGAAAUUUCCUUAAUUAGGACAAAACAGAGAUAAUUGUAUUUGGUUCUAAAACGGAAUGGCUUAAAGUAACCCAACACCUUCACUCUCUGUCCCUGAAAGCCUCAAUCAAAGCCAGAAAUCUAGGGGUUAUCACGGAUUCAGAUUUACAUUUCGACAGUCACAUCAAAUCAGUUACAAAAUCUGCAUAUUAUCACCUUAAAAAUGUAGCAAGACUUAGAGGGCUCAUGUCCACCGAAGACUUACAAAAACUUGUACAUGCCUUUAUAACUUUUAAGUUUGAUUACUGCAAUGGUCUCCUUACAGGUCUCCCAAAACAAACUCUAAGGAAGCUUCAGCUUGUUCAGGAUGCUGCUGCUAGAGUUCUAACAAAGACCAAAAUUUGAACAUAUUACACCAAGUCUUAAAUCGUUACAUUGGCUUCCUGUAGGUCAAGAGAAUUGAUUUUAAAAUCAUGGUGCUAACCUAUAAAUCCCUACAUGGUUUAGGCCCAACAUAUUUAACUGAUAUGCUUCCACUACAUAAGCCUUCUAUACCACUAAGAUCUUCUGGGACCAAUCUGUUAAUUAUCCCCAGAGUAAACACGAAACAUGGGAAAGCAGGAUUUAGUUCCUAUGCAACCAAUAGCUGGAAUAAACUCCCUGAGGAUUUAAGACUUGCCCCAACUCUGAGCACCUUUAAAACAAGGCUGAAGACUUUUAUGUUUGCUUUAGGUUUCUGCUAAAUCUUAAAUACAUUGCACUUUCUAAAAAGCUUUUUUAACUUUGCCUUUAUUUUCUACUUUAUUACUAAAAUGCCUUUUUAACUUACUAUUUUACUCAUUUCUUUGCAUAUGUUUUCUUUUACCUAUCUAUUAUUUUAUUUGAUUGUAUGACAAUGUUUAUAUGUGAAGCACUUUGAGUCUGCCUUGUGUAUGAAAAGUGCUAUAUAAAUAAAAUUGCCUUGCCUUGCCUUUAA